AUGGGCUUACUACGUGAUGCCAUUGGCUCUGCCCUUGGUGCCAAUCAAGUUAACAAUGGUUUGUCCGGACCAAGACUGCCUUUCGGGAACAAAAUCAACAACCGCGACACCGGUCGGCUCUCGUCUUCAGCCUACCGUCAAUCGCCGUCUCCUAGCCAAGGAUAUUCUUCAUACACCAAUUACGAUGAUCAAAGAGAUUCAUCGCCCGAUGAGAUGCAAGGAAGAAUAAGACGUUCUUUAGGACCAAUGAGGCCUAGGGAGCUUGAUGGUCAAUCUUUCAGACAAGAUAAUUCCGCCAUCGGAUACCAGACAUCAGUGGUCGGACCGACUCCUGACCAAAUGCAGCAGUGGUACAAUGAUGAUGAUCGGUCUCAAUAUCCACCUCUGCCUCCUCGCUAUGAAGCUACAGUAUUCGAUGGUCGGGAUAGGUAUCAAGGGCAACCUUAUGAUAUGAGUCGCGCCGGAGACUUGGGGUCAACAAGAGAUGCCGGCUUCCGUCCACUAGCUCUGCCUCAGAUCGCCUACGGGGACGAACAACCUUUCCUUCGAGGAUACUCUAGAGAGCUCGGUCAAUAUGGUAUCUCUGAACAGGAGUUUAUAGGACUACUGGACGCCAUUAAUGUUGCCAUCAUUCCUAAUCCGGAGAAUCAAAUUUUCCAAAAGGGAGCGAAUAUUGCGGGCUGGUUCUUACCUGGUGCAGCCGGUAUCGGUCUCACGGUUGGGCAGAUUGGCGUCGGACUCGGUACAGCGGUUGGCCACGCAUCUGCGGUCAAUCAGGUUCUGUCAAGCGCGAAUCUACAGCUCUUCCUGCCAAGAGGUCUCGAAAUAUGUGUUGGAAAAACAGACGACGUUGGUGCCGAGGUUGGUCUGGCCUCAGGCUCUAGACAACCAAACUCCUAUGGUCUGUCACCAGAGGAAAGACUAGGGAAUUUUGGCAACCUGAUAGCUCCUCUUUCUCGAGUACUGCCACCUUCGCAACAGAGCGGUCGCAAUGACCCAAUCGCCCAGCUUGGUCGAGGCCUUGCCAGUCGAAGUAAUCAAAAGAAGAUUCAAAAGGCGGACAAGGAAAUGGCUAAAGGAAAGACCAAGAAUAUAAACACUCUUGAAGGAGAGCUUAAAUGGCUCAUUGUCAGACGAGCCUCUGCAGAUGCUCUGGCGUAUUGGAGAAACUCUGCAGCAAGCAAUGCUACUCAGGCACAGGGGCAGGCUAGACCAGCUCGCCAAAGCGGAUACAGCAGAUGA